CAGGAUCAUGGUCGGAAAGAGAAAUUACUUCUUCCAAGAAUUCCACGCUGGACGUGGAACUCGCUGGUGAGGGAGGAGGGGCGAUUUCCUCUAUGAAUUCUACGCUAGGCGCAGGACUCAAGGGGGAAGGAGGAUCAGAGAGAUCUUCUAAGACAGGCGAGUACGAGGGGGAAGGAAGAUCAACGAGAUCUUCGGGGUCAGGCGAGUACGGAGGGGUAUCAGGAGCGAUCCUAUAUGUAAGGAGAGAGGAGAUAGAGGGAGCGGGAAACGGAGAAGAUGGGGAAGGAGAAGAGGCGCUCGAGGAGAACGACUUGCCUCCUGAAGUAUUCCCGGAGACGAUUCGGACGGUGACGAUGGGGGCGCGAUUUUCUCGGGAUGUAAAUUUUGCCCACUAACCGAUAAUCAAUCAACGAAUUAGGAGAAUCCGGUAAGUGACUAAAUAAAAAUAACUUACUCUUUGAUCGAUAAAUAUAGAAGGAACGUCAGGUCUCUUUCUGUCUUCAAAGGGCUUUUGUGGUUGAAGUCGGUUCUGGGGCUGACCUCGGAAGCUCGGUGGUUGUUUAAUUAAGGCACAGAUUCUAAGUUCAAAACGAUUUUAACGCGCACAGCUUCGACACUUGCAACGCGUGGAUGUGAGUGCGGACUUGAAUGCCCGAAGCGUUCAAAAUUGCGCAUUUUAUAGGACUUAGGAAAAGAGCGUGGGGUAAGUUUAAUGGGUGAGAAGAUUUGAUUGGGUAAAACUUUUGAGCUUUUUCCUAUCCCUUGGAGAUUCCUUGUUGUCGAAAUUUUGAGCUUAUUCGUUCGUAGUUCACCAACGCUCACUACCAAUCAUCUUUUCGGAUAAUCUCUCGUUGGUUAAUUUUCUAUCUUCUCCUGAUUUUUCUUAACUUUAAGAGGGGCGAGCAGUUGCAUCACCUAAUCGCUUAAGGGAUUCGUUAUCUUACGGUUUCUCUUCUUGGAAGAGAAGAGUUCGGUCCCGAUUUUUUAUAUCGUCGCGUCCGUUUAUUUGGGACUCGCUUUCCACAUGAAUCAUUUUUCCGGUCGUGAUGAAACAUAGGUUCGAACAAACAAAGCCGGGGUUGUAAAUUUUGAUUUUAUAGUUUUAUAGUUUCCGUCCGGCGUCGUGACUCAAUCUUAUCUCUGAUUGUUGCC